AAAAGUUGGACAACUUUUCCAGAACAGAAAGGAAACUCAUGCAUCAGAAAAGGUGACUAAUAAAGGUACCAAAAGAAUAUGGCUGCACAAAUACCAGAAUCUGAUCAGAUAAAACAGUUUAAGGAAUUUCUUGGGACCUACAAUAAACUUACAGAAACCUGCUUUUUGGACUGUGUUAAAGACUUCACAACAAGAGAAGUAAAACCUGAAGAGACCACCUGUUCAGAACAUUGCUUACAGAAAUAUUUAAAAAUGACACAGAGAAUAUCCAUGAGAUUUCAGGAAUAUCAUAUUCAGCAGAAUGAGGCUCUGGCAGCCAAAGCAGGACUCCUUGGCCAGCCACGAUAGAGAAGUCCUGAUGGAUGGACUUUUGAUGAAAAAUUACCAAGAGCUGCUG